UCCAGGGGUGUUUAGAAUAGGGGGUGGGGGGCGCGUGAGACUAUUGGGGCGCACUAGUUCUCUGGCUGAGCCGCCGUGAGGUGUUGGAGCUGCCGCCCCCUCCAGCAGGCGGGGAGGGAUCAGGCGUUCGCACCACUAGUAUAUUCUACCUCCCUGAAUUUCAAAAGCAAAUAUAAACAAGGGGGUAGGUAUCGGCCCUAAAAGACCUUAACAUUUAAAGCAAACAAUGGAGAAGAGAAUAAAACCGGGCAGUAAGAAGAGGAGGAUGGAAAGACGUGAAUGGCUCUGGAGAAUGACAUGGAAUUUGGCUAGAUUGUGAAUGAGCAGAUGUGGUAACUGAUGAUGAUUAAACACGGCUGGACUUGCUGAGGGAGGUAGAAGGCUGGCAAGAACUGGAGUCUCAAGAGUUCUGAUGCCAGGCCUUCAUAAGAAGCCAUGAUCACAUUGAUAACUCUGCAGCUACAAAAGCAGAGCUUGGAGGAAUUGAAAUGCACAUCCUUCAGCAUCAGCCUGCCUUUGCCUGAUCAUGCUGAUGUGGCCAGCUGUGGCAGCCCCUUCCAGAUAGCGCCUGAGGGAACUUCAUGGAGGGACCUAGCUCCCUGUCCAAAGAUCCAUCUCCAAGACAACACGGUUCUUUACCAACAGUCCAGCCUGAGCCUUCCUUUGCCAACUUGCAGCCCAGAAAACAGCCCUCGGAACAAUCUUGCAUCCCAAACACUGGCCACCAACUCAUUAGUUUCAGAAAAAGUUUCUGUGCCCCCUACCAAAAGACACUGUCGUUCACUGUCAGUGCCCGAAGAUCUUUCCCGCUGGCAAGCUGUCUGGAGACCCCUGGGUUCCAAAGUGUGGACACAUAUCAAACGUCGGGAGAACAGUGGAGGGGACACUUUAGCAGUACAAUCCCAGAACCUGGUUCAGGAAGCCAACAGACUUUGCUUCAAUCCAGUCCCCAGUGCCUCUUAUCAGUGUGUUCAAGAUGGUGCUGUUGGUGGCAGGAGCCCACCUUUCUUCAGUCUGGCUCUGUCUCGAGAAUCGCCAGCAAGUGUACCAUGGGAGACUGGAGAGACUUUGCAGCCUUACCCUCUGCAACGACGUUUCUCUCUGUCUCCUGUCAGAUUCUUGCCAUCCCCCCAAAGCUCUACCACUUCCACGCCAGAGCUACUUCGACACCAGCAUAGCCUCCCUCGCAGCCGCUCACAGCCUUGUGACUUGGACACCAGGAAAUGUGGUCUCAAGCGGCGCCAUGAAGAGGAUGUGAGGUGGCAUAGGCCCUCACUUGAUUUCUACAAGAUGAAUCAGAAACCAUUUGCAGGGGGAGUCUGUCAGUUAGACAAAUCUGAGGAAGGUGGCUAUCCAUCGUGGCUCUUGGCUUGCAGCCCACAAGCACCCUCAGCUCCUUGCAGUCCUAUCAAUAAUUGUAUCCAGGUGCUCAGUGAAAGUGAAGAGGAUGAUGAAGAAGAAGCAGCAGUACAAGCAGCAAGACAAAUAAAUUGGAGUUUAGCAAGCAAAAGGACACUCUUCCAGCCAGACUUUAGUGAUCUGGAUCUAACUUUGAUUGAAGAGAACUAGCAUUUGGAUGUCUCCUGAAAAACUGAUUUUGGAGUCAGCAGCAAAGCAAGGCUGCACUCCUGGAUGAGGGUGGGGGAGUGGGGUGGGGUAGAGGGGAAAGUGGCGGUAGGAUAACGGGGUUUUGUCUG